UUAUCUCUUAGCUCUCUCUCUCUCCCCCCCUAUAUAUACGCAAAGGCACGCAGGCUUCAGAACCAUCAAAGUAACAAAAGAGAAGCAAAGCAAAAUUGUAGAAGAGAACAAACUUGUGAAAGAGCAUCUUAGUUUUCUGGGCAGUAAAACGAUGUCUCUAAUCCCAAGCUUUUUCGGUGGCCGAAGAACAAACGUGUUCGACCCAUUCUCGCUAGACCUGUAUGACCCGUUCGAAGGAUUCUUAACGCCUUCAGGGAUGACAAACGCAACCUCCAAGGACGUGGCAGCGUUCACAAACGCGAAAGUGGACUGGAGGGAGACACCAGAGGCGCACGUGUUCAAGGCGGACUUGCCGGGGCUGAAGAAGGAAGAAGUGAAGGUGGAGGUUGAAGAUGGCAACAUACUUCAGAUAAGUGGAGAGAGAAGCAGCGAGAAUGAAGAGAAGAGUGACAAGUGGCACCGUGUGGAGAGGUCAAGUGGGAAGUUCAUGAGGAGGUUUAAGUUGCCGGAGAACGCGAAGGUAGAUGAAGUGAAAGCUUGUAUGGAGAACGGUGUGUUGUCGGUCACGGUGCCUAAGAUGCCUGAGAGGAAGCCUGAGGUCAAGUCUAUUGACAUCUCCGGCUAAAUAAGAUGGAAAAUCAGAGAUAAAACAAGAUAAAUAAGUAUGAUGAUGUGAAAUAAUGGGUGUGGAUGUGUGUUAUUUUCUUGCUUUUUUCCUGUUCUUCUCUUUCCUUAUAAUAUGGAUCUGGAUGUAUAAUAUCUGUAAAUCUUAAUAAAAAAGUGUCUUGAAAUAUAA